AGUCAGUGACGUAAGACAGAGAGUGGUGUCAUCUGACUAGGGCGGAAGAGAGCACAGUUCAGUCUGGUUGUUUACAAUUGUCGAAAUUUAGAAAACCCGCCUAAUUGUUCAUUCCUUGAGAAAAAUGGCCACCACAAUCAGCACGCAGCGUGGACAGGUGUACAUAGGGGAGUUGCCUCAGGACUUCCUGCGGAUCACUCCCACCCAGCAGCAGCAGCAGGUGCAGCUGGAUGCUCAGGCCGCCCAGCAGCUGCAGUACACUGGCUCCAUCGGCACCGUCGGCCGCCUCAGCAUCACUGUUGUACAGGCUAAGCUUGCUAAGAACUAUGGAAUGACAAGGAUGGAUCCGUACUGCCGAAUCCGCCUGGGCUUUGCUGUUUACGAGACACCCACAGCACACAACGGGGCGAAGAACCCGCGAUGGAAUAAAGUCAUUCAGUGUACUGUUCCUCCGGGAGUGGACUCUUUCUACCUUGAGAUCUUUGAUGAGCGGGCAUUCUCAAUGGACGACCGUAUCGCUUGGACGCAUGUAACCAUCCCUGAGGGCCUGAGAGAGGGCAGUGUGGUGGACGAGUGGUUCCCUCUGAGCGGGAGACAGGGAGACGACAAGGAGGGCAUGAUCAACCUGGUCAUGUCAUUCGCUUCCAUGCCUGCUGGCAUGAUGAUGCCAUCCCAGCCUGUGGUGCUCAUGCCCACAGUCUACCAGCAGGGGGUGGGCUACGUGCCAAUCACAGGUGUGCCCACCGUCUACAACCAGGGGGUGGUGCCCAUGGGGAUGCCAGCGGUGUCGGCGCCCGCGCCCCAGAGCACCCCCUGCAGUGCGGAGGAGCUGAAGGCCCUGCAGGACAUGUUCCCCAACAUCGACCCUCAGGUGAUCCGCACGGUGAUCGAGGCCCAGAGGGGCAACCGAGAGGCCGCCAUCAACUCCCUGCUGCAGAUGACCGAGGAGCUGUGAGGACGAGGUAAAGGAUGGCGAAGAGGAGAGGCACGGAGAGAGGGAGGGGAUGCAACAGGAUGAAGAAGGAAGGCGAUCUGACUGCCGGCUGCUAUACUGCUGCGCAGCAGGGUCAUCAACCACUGAUGCAGGGAGAGCAGCUGCAGACAGACAGACAGACUCGGGGCUGGGCUCUGGAUGCUCAAAAUGCAGUCAGUUCAGGGAAUGAGAUGAAAUGCAGUUUUCAUUACGCCAGUCCAAGUACCCCUUGACAUUCUCAAGGUGUUUUGCUUUGGUGAGCUUUUUCAACUUGAACUCAAUUGAAGGCAAACUACAGGGUUUAUGGGAAAAACCUGGCAAGGUAUUCGACUGGACUUUUAUCACUCUGUUUGAUAUACUGGAAAUGGACAAGAUCCCCAAACUGGAAAUUAUGUUCAAUUUGGUAAACUGAGCAUUUGUCCAGUCUACUAUUUUAAAUGAUAUGUUCUGAAAGCCAGAAGGAAAAACAGUGUAGUAGUGUAGCCAUGUGUGGCUACUUCUCCUGGCUGCCUCUAGUGAGUUAACCCUGUCUACCUGCAUGAUCCGUUGUGUUUAGUGCAUUCCCUGAACUGCCUGCAUUUAGGCAUUCGAGCUCAGCCCUGCUUUGCAGAAGCCUGUAAAUAUACACACCCAGAACACAGGAGACUUCAACCACCACACUUCACCACCACCAUCACCACCACUGUAAACACACAAGCGUAAUCCAGACUACUACUCACCAGUAGUGAGUACUGCUCACCACUACUGAUAAACUCCAGAUAGUGUAACCAACUUCUUUCAUUAGGUCCAGUUGACGUGUUAUAUAUAUUGUCAUUACAUAUGAAAUGCAGAUACAGCCCACCUUGGAAGAUAUUAGAAGGCCUUUCUUUGCAGAAGAUCUAGAUACACUGGCUUUUGUGUUUCAGAGUGCUAAUUUGAUUAGUUUUAUUCGAGUUUGGCUAUGAAGCAAGUCAUGUUGGUCUGUUUCAAGUUAUUAUCUGUCUGACAUAGAUAGACGGUGGAUAUGUAGAUUGAUCCAUUUGAUGAAGACUUCUUGUCCUUGAAAUGGUAGGCUAGCACUGGCACAGUUUCAAAGCUGACUUUGAAUUUCUUUUUUUUUUUGGUGAAUGCCCCCUUGUGGUUGGCAGACAAAUUGCAAGAUGGUCACUGUCAGAAACCUUCAGCAUCAGCAAGUGUAUUCCUUAGGAGGGCAUGACUGGCUGUUUGUCAAUGUAAUGUAAAAUUAAGCAUGACCAGCAGUGUCCAGUGCAUCCUGAAAUGAUUAGCCGUUACAGACAGCUGGAAGAAUACUAGUCUCCAUUAGUAUUGCUAGCCACCUAUAUGUGUUGGUUGAGUGCUCCUUAACCCUGCGUGUCUUGUAUAUGAAUAUUUCCCCAUACCUAUGCUUGUGCAUGAGGGUAUGGUGGGGGUAUGUGUGCAUUCUGUAGUAAUGCAUCUCUCUCUUUCCUCUCUGUGUGUAUGUGUGUGUGUGUGUGUGUGUGUGCGCGUUUGAUACAUGCUGAUUAUAUGUAUAAAUAUAGUUCUAUAUAUUUAAAGGAUUAUAAUUUAUUUUGAGAUGAUUACCAGUUUUGGGCUGUGUGUGUGCGUGCGUGAGUGGGUGGGUGUGUGUAUGUGUGUUUAUGCUCACUAUUUUGUGUAUGUGUGAAGAGUGGUUCUGUAUCAGCUAAUUUAUGGGAGAUGUGCAAAAGAAAAAUCGAAAAAUCGCCUAACGUGGCCAAUGAUGUCAUUUUCGGGCUCACCCAUGAGUGUGUGUGUAGUUGCCAUAGCGUGGUUCUUCUGUCUUUUGGCUUGUGCUCCGCAGUGAUCUCUCCCACAGUGUCGCUGUGUUGUGGCAGUGUGCAAGGCCAAGGGGCUGCCUCCAUCCCUGACUUUCAGGAGCUUUAUCAUUCAUGCACCAAUGUGUAUAAGUGUGCAAGGCCUGCAAACACACACACUCUCUCUCUCCUCUCUCUCUCUCUCUCUCUCACACACACACACACACACACACACACACACACACUUGUACUCACUGACAAGAUAUGAUAUUAUUGCAGUUCGCCAAAGGUUCUAUUUUAACAAUGUAUUGAUGUUGUAUAUCUGCUGUUUUUCCCGUAAUGCGCAUGUGUUUUAAUUUCAGCAGAAAUACUCGGUAUCUCUGUCAUAACCAUUUUAAUCUUAAUUAUUAUUAUGAUUUUUACAGUUUUUGCCAUAUCCCUGACUUGCCAUGUGUUUGAAGCCAAUAGGAUGCUGACACAAUUGGGCCAUCAUAUACCAUUAUCCAGUCAAGUUACGAAAUUCCAUUCCUAUAGAACUACCUUAAUGUUUUAAUUGAUCAAAUACCCUUUACAGUAAAUACCCGUUAAAUGAAAGAAAGAAUCCAAAUGUCACUCUUCCUGCUCUUUUAUUUCUUAAAUAGCAUCGGUUGUGAAAUAUGAUUGAUUUUUAGAUCUGUCUAUUAUAUCAGUGGCGGUGUCUUAUAUAAUACCUCUGUGGAUUUAUGUUAAGAUACUUUUGGCAUUCAGAUAGCCAAUGAACAAUGUGCAUUCUAGUAUUAAUUUAUCUUUUCGCCACCAAUAAACCUGUAACAUUCAUGAGCUACUGUAAAAACAAAAAUUCUCUAUACUGUCGGUGUUCUACACUGUCUGUAAUGUUUUCUGAUCAAUUGGCAUUGGGUCUUCAGUAGAAAGGGCAUUUGUCUCCAUUCCCAUAUAGUACACAUGUUUAUAGAUGCCAACACUUCUUCAAUAAUACCUUUGAAGACCAUACAAAAGGAGAGUUGUAAAAGCAUUCAUGACAAGUGAUUCAAAACCACAUACGAGAAAACAAUUCAAGUCUUUGUAGCAGCACAGCACAGUGUGUAUUAUUGAAAUCUCCCAAGAGUAUUUGAAAUGACACAAUUACUUUUUUUUGUAUUAUAUGUUAUAGGAAAUGUUAUUUGUUUAGAGUGGUUUAUCAUUGAACAUUCCAGCCAUGAGUAUUUUUUUCUGUCUUGUCAUUGACUGACCUUUGAUCAACAAUAGAUUGAAGAGAUACCAUUGGCAACGUGUGUAGAAGCCCAUUGGUGUAAAAUAUCAUAUUUGGAAACAGAAAUUUGAAAUCAAAAACUAAGAAUAGCAACUUUAGUUUGGUUUUCUGCUCAGCACUUCUCAGUUCUGAUAUUAGGAUUCGAAAGGUUGCAUUGACAUUGGUUUUCAUUUCUCCUUAUGUCUUAUGUCUUUAAUGUGUGGACUUAUGCCUUAAGUCCACACAUUGAAUCCCACCACAUUUAUGCACAAAUAUGCCUGGAGCACUUUGAACAGAGAUAUAUACCGGUUUCAAACAUUGUAACAGACAAAUAGAUCUGAUGUACGAGAACUUAGUCUGGCUGUUGGAAGACUAUUUGUAUGUUGUAUGUGUAAAGAUCCCACUGAUCUUGUUUGGCUGUCAGCAUAGUUGAUCUGACUGACGGCUGCUCUUAUCCACUGGCUGCUCUCAUACAGUAAUUCUUCAGGUUGUGAGAGUGAAAUGUGUUGGGCUCCUCAUGGUGCUGGAGUCCUUGCAUAGAGCAAUGAGCAGGAGUUUUUUUUUCUUUCUUUCUUUUUUUUUGGUGAUGAGCAGUGUGGCUGCGCUGAUUUUUCAGUAGAGUAGAGUAGUGUAACACUGAGCUCUAGUCAUCUCUUAAAGCAUCACUUCAGUCUCAUAGCAGUCCAGGGUUUUUGUCUGUCAGGGUGGAAUGUACUGAAUGCCAUUAGCACUUUCACAACUCUUGUGUCAGAAAUCUAGCUUUCUGUUAUUUCCUUUUGGUGUUGCAAAUUAUAUGAUCAAUCAAUAAAAGGAAAGUUAUGAUCUUA